AUGUCGCUGGUCAGCUCAAUUAAUCUCAGAGUUAAAUGGUGUGAACGAUAUGUGAUCGUGUGUAUGUAACUAGUUAAUUUGAAAUAACUAAUAACGACUGAUGGAAAUGAUUGAUGAAUCUAACUGACUGGUGACUGAUGAAAGUAAUUCAGUUGUAAUGUUUACGUCAGUGAUCACCACACACCAGACAUCGUCACGUCACUAUCAGGCAGGCCGUGUUCUGUCAAUGGUGUCAGCUGUCAGCUACAUGUACAAAGUUUGGGUUGGCGUUUUUUUACUUUUCUCGUCGUGAAUUUAAGUAUUUUAUUUUAAAAUAAAAUAAUUUUGAUAUGAGGAGUGACAUAGGUUUUCAUAUAUGUUGGUCUAGAAUUGAUUGAUUACGCAUAAAGUUUUUAUAACUAUUGUAAAAUUAUAUGAAGCAUUAUCUGAAAGCUGUGUUUUGAUUGUACAGCAUUUCUACAACCAGCAUUUUAGAUUAGUUUGCUCACAAUGGCCACUCGAAAAAGAAGUGGUUCUGGAUCUAAAAGACAUCUCAAGGAGAAAGUUGUACAAAUUUAUGAAUCUUUCUUUAGAGGUGAAGACCUCACAAGUGAUAACCCUACAUUUUGGGAUGAGUUUUUCCUUUUGAAACCUAAGAUUCCGCAGCUAGAAGCCGAAAUCCUGAAGUUGUCGGUGGAACAGCUUAUGAACAUGAAAGAAAGUAUAAAUCUUCUUGUUUCUCAGUGCAUAGAAAUGUUAGGACAGGAACAUCAUAUCAGAUUGGUGUAUGCUUUACAAACACUAAGUGCCCUCUUGAUUACAAUGUAUCAAAGAGUGGGACAGGAUUCAAGUUUGAAUAUCAAAGCAAUAUUAAUUGGAACUGAUAAUGCUGAUGUCAAGAUGCAAAAAUUAUUUGAGCACUGUAGCACAAUUCUAUCAGGUGAUGUACCUGAGAGUUUGAAGUCAAUGGUACUAAAACUAUUAUUAGUGAUAGCAACUGGGAUAGACAACAUUGAUGACAAUCCUCUAGUAGAGUACCUGAUGAUGAACUCACUGUUCGAGCCCUUAAUUCAGUUAUUAUGCACUUCUACGGAGAGGCAACAACAUGGUUAUGAUGUUGUUAUGCUUCUAAUGUGUUUAGUAAACUAUAAAAAGCAGGAAUCUGCCAAUCCCUACAUUGUAAAACUAUCAAUUCUUGAUGAUGAACUAGCUUUAAAUGGAUAUGGUCAAGUAAUAACAGCAUCCUUAAAUGACUUUGUGAUGUCAACAUUUGGGGGUAUGCAGGGCGGCGGAGGCGGCGGCGGGUGGCUGUCCUCUCUUACCAGCAUGGUGGGCGGGAUAUUCCUUACCAGUGACGAUACGCAGCCAGUAGUCAGGGGGCAGAGGAGUAGCGGCGGCGAGGAAGGCAUGCUGCUGUCGCUGUACGAGGCGGCGCACCUCAACCGCAACUUCAUGACGACGCUGGCGCACGCCUCGUCCGCCGCCGCGUCGUCCGCGCCGCCCUCGCCGCCCGCCACGCUGCCCGCGCAACAGACUCCGCCAAAUCUAGCGCAAAUACAGGCACUUGACAAUGAACAGCCUACAAAUCUAUUAGUCACAUUCUUCCAAUAUUGUUCCAUAGUAAUGGCGGACACCCGUAGUGAGUCGAGCCUCAACAAAUGCAGUUUAUGUUUCAUCAUAUUGACGUGUAUAGUUGAGGAACAAUUCGCUAAUUCUAUUAUGCACGACCAAAAUCUAACGUUUAAGGUCCAAUUAUAUAGACUUCCAAUGAGGCAUAGAAAAAUAGUACCUGAAGAACCACCAUCACAGCCGUUAGCAUCUACGUUAAUAGACCUGCUGGUGGAAUUCAUGAUGUGCCACCUGCUGAAGAAGUUCCCCGACGCGCUGUACUCGCUGUGCUGCGGCGUGCUGCUGCGCCUGCUGAGCUACCAGAAGCGCGGCCGCGUGCGGCUGGCGCGCGACUGGCGGCCGCUGUGGGCCGCCCUCAUCGCGCUGCUGCGGUUCCUCGUCGCCAACGAGACCGCCUUGCUCAGGAGACAUAACAUCUUCGUCAUGGCGCAGCAGGUGGUGAAUAUUUUCAACUUAUUUAUUACAUUCGGUGACACGUUCCUGCCGACGCCCGCGUCCUACGAUCAGCUGUAUUACGAACUGAUAAGAAUGCACCAAGUGUUUGACAACCUUUUUUAUAUGGCACUACGCUACUCGACUGGCGACGGUGAGUUUAAAGCGGAAGCGUUGCGCCUCGCCAACUGCCUGGUGAACGUGCGCGCCAUCAUCCAACACUUCUCGCCCAAGAUCGAGGUUUGGCUGGUUUCCCAAAACCUCUCCACGCCCACUGAAGAUCAGAUUUUAGAGGUCGUCCGCAAAAACUAUGACAGUUUGAUCCUGAAACUGCAAGAAGGCCUGGAAAGCUACGAGCGGUACUCUGAACGGAAUCAUCGUCCCUUGCUGUCGAAACUAGUGUUGUCUGCGAUAUCGUCGGCAAGGAACCGCGGCGACGCCGCCGCUUUGAACCUUAACACCGCAGCGGCCGCAGCGCUGUCGCAUUAUACCAGCAUCGCCUGAGCUCUUAAAUGUAUCGAAAUUUUUGAAAGCAGUCACGGCAACAACAGUAUUUGUCUUCUAUGAGGUGGCUGACACCAUUUCUUAGGUUAAGACACCAUGACAGCUAUGGAUUUUGGAACUUCCCACGCGAGUGAAGCUCCUAUUAAAAAUUAGUUCAAAUAUCGAUCGCAAAUCGUGUUAAAUAAAACUUUUUGAGAUUGACUGGUUGUUAAAAUGCUACAGACGAAUAAGAAGAAACGAAAGUUUUUUCAUGUUUCAGUUACCCUUAUGAAUAGAUUUUACUUUGUUUAAUUAUAAUAUUUAUAAUUGUUCCCAUAUAAUUAAUUACCUUGCUGAGUGUCCAUAGAUAUAUAGGUAAUGUUAAUGUAAGAUGUACAUUAUUAUAUUUGAAAUAUAAUAAAUUAUUUUAUGCAAAAGUGAAAUGUAAAUUUUAUGAUUACCUGGAACCGACGAGCUUGCAUGAAGAGAUUUAUGAAUUGGAGGAAACGAAAGAAGCACGCAAGGAUCGUAGCAUGUGGGAAAAUGUAGUCUCUGCCUAUGCCUCCGGGAAAGGGGUAUAAUUUUAUGAUUAUAUGUAUUUUAUGCAAAAGCAGUAUUCGGAUCAAAUCCGUGCUGAUUAUAAGACAAACGCCAUUUGGAAUUUUUAAUGGAAUGGUUCAGUUUUUUCUUUGACUGUAUAAAAAAAAUAGAUUGUAAACGCGUCAUUUAAUUUAUUAUUCGUUUAAAGGUUUGAUCUCGUACUUGGAGAUAAAAGCAGUUUAGAAAUUCAGUUUGUUAUUAUAAUAGUAUCGUACGGAUCACUGAAGAGUAUUAACGGAUGUCGAAUUGUAAUAAUCGCUAAAGAUAAUAAGACUUUGUAAUUAUUUUAUAAAAUGAAAGGUAACAAUAAUUUAUAGAAAUAUAGUGCUAAUUAAUGGCCAGCGCGUGGCCGUCUAUGAUACAAUUUGAAUUAAACAUUCAUUAUGAAAUGUGUUAUUAUUUACAAAUAACUAUUUAAUUUUGUACACUUACAAAUAUACUUAAGAGGCCAAAGUUUAUUUAACAUUAAUUUAUUCUUUUGGUUUAUCUCUUUUUGAGUUUGCGAAAUGGAUUUCCUUACUAUAUGUUCGUAGUAAACCCAUAAAUAUUGUAUGUUAUUCUAUACGUUAUAGUAAAUAUGGAAAUAAAUUAUUUUCAUGUAACAUA